AUGGAGGGAAGAAAAUUGAGGCAAUUCAAGGGCUCCUCGUGCAAUAAUUACUUGGACGAGCACAAAAGUCUCGGAAAUUGGAAGGAAAAUGAAGUCGUGGCUGCCGGGUUUUCGUGGCCACCAAGAAGCUACACGUGCAGCUUUUGCAAAAGGGAGUUUAGAUCUGCUCAGGCACUCGGUGGCCACAUGAACGUCCACAGAAGGGAUAGGGCAAGGCUGCGGUUAUCCCCAAUCACAUUGUUAGAAGAUAAUAAAAGUAACGGUAAUAAUGUUAUUAUUGGCCCGGGUUACAAAAGUUGUGUCUCGAGUGCUCAAUUUUCUGUGGUUAACCUAAAUCUUGAUCGUCCUUAUAACCCUAGCUUAAACUCAAACCCUAGUUUUAGUACCCAGCCUAAUUUGCCAUCACUUUUGACGAGAUUUCCUCAAUUUACUUCCGCAAUGCCCCCAAUUUGUCCUUUAACGGCGAAUGUUGUGUCCGGAAUUACGAGAGUUGAUGAAGGUCAGAAAGGUGAGAAAUUUGUUAGGUUGGACUUGGAGAUUGGUGUGAUUAGCCAAUCUAGUAAGGAGGAUUUGGAUUUAGAGCUUCGGCUCGGAUAUAUUUAG